AUGGGUUUCCUGAGAUCUUCCUCUCCUGCACUGAAAUGGCUUGGAUUUGUAACGGCAGUUUGGGUUCAGUCUAUCUCCGGCAACAACUACACCUUCUCCAACUACUCCGGCGCUCUCAAGUCCCUCAUGAACCUCAACCAGCUCCAGCUCAACAACCUCUCCGUUGCUAAAGACGUUGGAAAAGCCUUUGGAAUCCUCGCUGGUCUCGCCUCUGACCGUUUCCCCACUCCAGUUAUCCUCCUUAUAGGCUGUUUCGAAGGUCUUUUGGGCUAUGGCGUACAAUGGCUAGUGGUUAGCCGCACCAUCAAACCGCUCCCUUAUUGGCAGAUGUGUGUAUUCCUCUGUAUGGGAGGAAACAGCACGACGUGGAUGAACACAGCGGUUCUAGUGACAUGCAUACGAAACUUCCGGCGAAACCGUGGUCCCGUCUCAGGGAUCUUAAAAGGAUACGUGGGCCUAAGCACUGCAAUUUUCACCGAUCUCUGUACGGCUCUGUUCUCAAACGAUCCGGCGUCGUUUCUAGUUUUACUCGCCGUCGUCCCUUUCGCUGUCUGUCUCACGGCGGUUUUCUUCCUCCGAGAGAUCCCUCCAGCUUCUUCCGCCGACGAGGAGAACGAAGAGACUCGAUACUUCGCCGUUUUCAACAUCGUUGCGGUUGUAGUUGCUGUGUACCUUCAGUCUUACGACAUCAUCGGAAUCAAAACCGGAGUGUUCUCAGUCGCUUUCGCCUCCAUUCUUCUCUUCCUCUUGUUUUCUCCAAUCGCCAUACCUUUCCAUGCAUUCAUCAAGAGCUUAAAUCGUGGUGAACAAGACGUUGAAAGACAGAUUCAAGAACCAUUGCUCAGGUCAGAUAUCGCUGUGGAUAAGGAAUUAACCGCUGUAGCGGCUGCGGCGGCUGAGGUGGAAGAGGAGAAUCUUGUGGCGGAGAAGAAGAGGCCGGUGUUGGGAGAAGACCACACGAUAGUUGAAGCGAUCUUGACCGUUGACUUUUGGGUGCUAUUUGUUUCGUUCCUCUGUGGUGUAGGAACUGGUUUAGCUGUGAUGAACAAUAUGGGCCAGAUAGGGCUUGCUCUUGGUUACACAGAUAUUUCAAUAUUCGUCUCCAUGACUAGUAUUUGGGGGUUCUUCGGUCGCAUUCUCUCCGGUACUCUCUCCGAACACUUUCUCAAGAAAGCUGGAACACCUAGACCACUAUGGAACGCAGCAUCUCAAAUCCUCAUGGCCGUAGGAUAUCUACUAAUGGCUUUAGCAGUGCCUAAUUCACUCUACAUCGGUUCAAUGGUGGUCGGAGUUUGUUAUGGUGUCCGUCUAGCCAUUACCGUACCCACAGCAUCAGAACUCUUUGGUCUCAAAUACUAUGGUCUCAUCUACAACAUGUUAGUACUUAACUUGCCCCUCGGCUCGUUCCUCUUCUCUGGUCUCCUUGCCGGAUUUCUCUACGAUGCAGAGGCUACACCAACUCCUGGUGGAGGCAACACUUGCGUAGGAGCUCACUGUUACCGUCUCAUCUUCUUGGUCAUGGCUUUAGCUUCUGUUAUUGGAGUUGGUUUAGACAUUUUGUUGGCUUAUAGAACAAAGGAGAUUUAUGCUAAGAUUCAUGCUAGCAAACAUGUCAAGAAAGCUUCUAGUAGUUAAAAAUUGUUAGAUCCAGUUCUUUAUUAAUUGAACAUAAACUGAAAGAGAUUUUAAUAUUAC